GUUUACCCGUUUUUGUUAGGAUCCCUCCAAUCAGGACUGCCUACUCCUGAGCAAAAAUAAUAAUAAUAAAAAGACACGUCAAUUACCAGUUCUGGAUUCUUGAUUUCAAAAUAUAAUAAUAAAUAUGUUUCGGUUACAACAAACACGCUCAAUUUUCUUGUUAGCAAAGGCUGGACCAAUCUAUACAAAAACUGUGAACGUCCCUCAAUUAAAACAAGCUUUCCGUCCUUUUAAUGUCACUUUUACAAAAAUUUUAUCGAACGGCAGCAGAUCUCCAUUGACAAGAAUCAACACAUGUGCACCAUUUCAACGAACCUUUAUUUCCAACUCGAAUAGUAGAUCAAUCACAAGAAAAGACAAGGAAGAUCAAGAACCCGUUAUAACAACUAUAAAGAAAGAAUUAAAGGAGGACAUUUAUACAAUUCCUAAUAUUUUAACAUUCGGUAGACUGUUAGCAGCCCCAGCUGUGGGAUAUCUCAUUCUUCAGCAGAGUUACAAUGAAGCAUUGGGUCUGUUUGCUUUGGCAGGUUUUACCGAUAUGCUGGACGGUUAUAUCGCCAGAAAGUACAAUAUGAAGACUUUAUUAGGAACCAUCAUCGAUCCAUUGGCUGAUAAAGUACUUAUGACGGUUAUGACAGUAACAUUAGCAAUGGAAGGAACAUUACCUGUGCCAUUGGCUGCUGUGAUUUUGGGUAGAGACGUAGGUCUUAUUUUAUCUGGAUUUUAUUAUCGCUACAUUUCGUUAGCAGAACCGAAAACAUUGUCUCGCUACUUUGAUGUUUCUAUACCGUCAGCAGAAGUGAAACCUACUCAAAUCAGUAAGAUCAACACAGCUUUACAAUUACUUUUGAUGGGUUUAUCUUUAACGUCAGUAAGCAUGGAACUGCCAUCGCCCGAAGUCUUGCAUGCAUUCCAGUGGAUUGUUGGUGGUACCACAAUCUGGUCAGGAGCAAGUUAUAUAUUUACCAAAGAUGCCGUACGAAUUUUAAAACGCUAAUGGAUUCAAUCCCUUUAAUGCAAUACACUCGAUUAAAAAAAAAA